GAGUCCGGACUCCAAAUCUAACGGACGAGGUGGGUGGCGGAGGCGGAUGCCUUAACGACUCCCGUCAUCUUCUCCUCCUCCGGAUUUCCCCAUCCCUCACCUAACGCCGUGUUCCCCCAUCCCUCGAGCCGAUCCCCUUCACCGUCGAUCUCCCAGAGGUACUUUUGAUUAAACAGCAAUGGCUGGUUUACCAUUAGCAACUGCUGAAGCAUGUGAUGCGAAUCCACAUCUAAUCCUUAAUGGUGAGCUUCGUGCACUUCAACCAAUAUUUCAAAUUUAUGGCCGAAGGCAGGUCUUCUCUGGCCCCAUUGUCACUCUUAAGGUCUUUGAGGACAAUGUUCUUGUUCGUGAGUUCCUUGAGGAGAAAGGUAACGGUAGAGUUUUGGUUGUCGAUGGUGGCGGAAGCAUGCGUUGUGCAAUUUUGGGUGGUAACCCAGUUCAACAGGCUCAAAACAAUGGGUGGGCUGGUAUCAUCGUUAAUGGUUGCAUUAGGGAUGUUGAUGAGAUCAAUGGAUGUGAUAUCGGUGUAAGAGCUUUGGGUUCUCAUCCGAUGAAGGCAAACAAGAAAGGAUAUGGAGAGAAGCACGUACCGGUGAAUAUCGCAGGGACUAGGAUUUGUGAUGGUGAGUGGCUCUAUGCAGAUAGUGAUGGCAUUUUAAUUUCCAGGACAGAAAUAUCGGUUUGAAAUCUUUGGGCUGACCACGACUAUCAAGUCUUGUCUUUGUUGUAUCAGCAUAUACCUUUCUUUCUUAAGUCGUUGCUAAGUCCUGUAAUACCUGCAUCGAAGAGCUAAGACUUGUAGUAGUUAGUACGCUCGUUCCGUCGUUUUAAUUGGCAUUAAAAUCAACCACUGUGAGCUUCUUUUUGUUGUUUUCUCUGCCCGUAAUGAUAUAAUAUGAUUGAUUAA